UCUCUCUCUCUCUCUCUCUAACGCGUUCUCUCCUUUCUUUUCGCAGCAAACUACCUAAAAUUCACUCAAGACCAAGUCGAGUGUUUCCGAUUCAGCAUCUGUCUCUCAAACGCAAACAAAUUCCAUCACAAGGAUGACUGAUCCUACAAGUGCUAAUGGUGACACCAACACCACCUCUUCUUCUACUACUCAUACGCCGAAUGACAUAAGCACACCGGCCCAGACAGCAACAGCGCCAAUGAAAGAAGACCCCACACCAAUCAAGCGAAAGCCAGGCAGACCGCGCAAAUUGAAACCUCUUCAAGUGAUCCCAACCGUGAAACGAAAAGUAGGACGUCCAAGAAAAAUCCGGACAGAAGAAGUGAUCCCAACCGUGAAACGAAAAGUGGGACGUCCAAGAAAAAUCCGGACAGAAGAAGAAACCCAACCCAAAGAGAAGCGCAAGCCAGGUCGCCCUCGCAAAGUUCCAAAUCCAACUGAACCUCUUAAGGAAAAGCGUCGACCCGGCAGACCUCGCAAAGUACGUCGACUUCCUGGGCGACCUCGGAUAAUCAGGCCAGAAGAAAAUCAACAACAACUGAAUGGCGAUACCAUAAAUGCAGCACAACAAGCAGUUCAAUCACAGACUUCUUUAGCGAGUACUUCUUCACUGCCGUCUUUGUCAAAGCCGACAGAGACAAUAAAAAGACCACGAGGGCGUCCACCCAAGAUAGUCAAAGAUGCUCCAAAGCGCAAGCGGGGUCGUCCACCAAAAGUUCAAGAGGCAACGAAGCUGGUUGCGUCACCAAAGGAAAAACGUGGACCUGGACGACCUCCAAAGCAAAAGCGUGGACCUGGAAGACCUCGCAAAAUACGUGUUGAACAGGACCAACAACGCGUGACAAGUCCGAAGAAAAUUAAAAUUCCCAGGGUCAUACCAGCAGAGGCAGACUUACGAACAACAACAACGACUGCAAGAGAUGAUGUCAAACGCGGUCCAGGACGACCCAAGAAAUUGCCUGUGGUACAAGAUGAGACGCGACCUACCACUUCUGCUGCAACAGCAACAACAACAACUUAUCGUGGAUCAGAAGAAGACGAUGACAACAAACUUGCUCAAGAGGAAGAAGACGACACUGACAUCGUUGGUCAAAAAGCAAUGAUAGCCGAUGGAAAUGGCAACGAUGGGAACAAGUAUCCGGUGGCUGUGUUUCUUGAUAAACUCCAAGUCACCGACGAGGAAAUGGAUGAGCUGAAUGAUGAUGAUGAUGAACAUGCCGAAGCAGACGCGACACGUAUCGAACAAGAAUCUCUUGUAGAGAAAGACAACGAGUCUGUUGCAUGUGCCACCACCGCAGCCGUCGCAACAACAGCAACAAGUAAAGUAGCGCCGCCGCCUGAAGAAGAUGCCAUCCGGUCGACGCCACCGCAGAUUAUCAUAACAAAUGAAGAUGGUUCGCCCCGCGCUUAUGGUAAAGGAAAACGUAGCAAGACACCAUCCGACCACGAUAUACCCGCCACUAAUAGGAAACGAGCCAAGCGUACCAUUGCAAAAUACACAAAGUAGUGAUAGUGAUGCCUUGUCUUUAAAAUUAGGAACAUGCAUACAUCCUGCAUACGUACAACAGAUCGUUCCUCUCCCUUUGCGACCACACUCUGCCCCCAAUGUCACAUGAUUUACACUCUUUUGCUAUACAUACAUAAAUAACAAUGCGGA